CUUCAUCCUUUCUUCCUCCUCUCCUCGGGAUCUCUGUUCAUCAUCCAUCAGACAGCCCCGAAAAACUAGGGCUGUUUUGUGUUCAAUUCCCGAGGAAAUUUUCCGAUUUAAUUAACAGCAGCUUUCAUAACUUACCUCUUCCUUGAACGGCUUGUAUUUUUUCGACUCAUUCUAGGUUGAUCGAAGCAUUAAUAAUUUGACCGACCAUUCUAUCUGGUUUUAUAUUAUCAACCAGCGUGUAACAUGAACACUUUUAUGAACGUUCCACCUGGAUUUCGUUUCCAUCCCACUGACGAAGAACUCGUCGAUUAUUAUCUGAGAGGAAAGGUUUCUUGUCGUAGAGCUGAUGUAGAUGUAAUUAAGGAUGUCGAUCUCUACAAGAUCGAGCCAUGGGAUCUUCAAGAACUAUGUAGAAUAGGAAGCGAAGAACAGAGCGAUUGGUACUUCUUUAGCCAUAAAGAUAAGAAGUAUCCAACUGGAACUCGGACGAACAGAGCGACGGCUGCAGGGUUUUGGAAAGCGACGGGCAGAGACAAGGCUAUAUAUUCCAAGCAUGACUUGAUCGGCAUGAGGAAGACCCUUGUGUUUUAUAGAGGCCGAGCACCGAAUGGACAGAAAUCCGAUUGGAUCAUGCACGAAUAUCGACUUGAAAUAGAUGAAAAUGCUACUCCUCAGGAAGAAGGAUGGGUGGUAUGUCGGGUAUUCAAGAAGAAGUUAGCGACGACGAGGAGGUUUAGCGAACAUGAUUCGCCAAUAUGGUACGACGAUCAAUUAGUCUCGUACAUGCCAGACCUAGAUUCUCCAAAACAAGUACCCUAUCUUUGUAAGAAAGAGCUUCAUGAUCAUGGUCAUCAUCAUAAUCAUAAUCAACAUUUUCAAUAUCCAUUUAAUCCCCAUGCAAAUAAUUUCCUCCAACUUCCCUCCACGGGUGCUUCCGGAAGUUAUGGAAAUAUAGCUUUAGAUGAAAGAAUUAACCAUGGACAGAGCUUGCUAGCCAUUUGCGGGAACAACAACAACAACAAUGAGCAUGUAGUGGACGAUCACGUGACCGAUUGGCGAGUCCUCGACAAGUUUGUGGCCUCUCAGCUCAGUCAAGAAGAGGUCGCAAAAGAAUCCGAGUACUCGAAUUCUGCAAACAUAAUCUUCGAAGAAAACGAUCCAUCCAACAUGCUCAUCCAACAUGAUCCAUCCAACACUAGUGUCGAAGAAAAUGCAUCAAUAUGGAAGUGAAAGCUGCAGCCGGUUGGAUCAUCUCACUAGGGACAGUGGGGUUGAACCUGGAUUGUUGAGUCGUUUCUAUAUGUGAAACUUUAUAUAUUAUUAAUGUUCUUGAUCAAUGGCUGCAAUUAUCAAGGCAAGCCAAUAAUCAAGUUAUUUUAGAAUGUAUGGAGUCAGCCUGUGGACUAUCAUGCAAUAU